AUGGCUUCCUUUGUAACUCAAACUCUCUUCUUAUUGUUCUUCACCCUCUUCUCAACUUUCUCCAUUACAAUUAAUGGAGAGUUCUCGAGUCAAUCCAUUAUAACAUCAACAAAACGGAUGGAGAAAAUGACUCUUCUCCACUUCUACUUCCAUGACAUUGUAGAUGGAAAAAACCCUACAGCCAUAAAAAUUAUCAGGCCAGCAAACAAGUCAACUGUUUCAUUUGGUACGACUUUCAUGGUAGCUGAUCCAUUGACAGAAAAACCUGAGCCUAAUUCAAAACUUGUGGGAAGAGCUCAGGGGAUUUAUGCUUUGGCUUCUCAACAUGAAAUUGGCUUGCUUAUGGUCAUGAAUUUCGCAUUCUCUGACGGAAUUUACAAUGGAAGCGCACUUAGCAUUCUUGGCCGGAAUGCAGUCCUUAAUAAGGUGAGAGAAAUGCCAAUAGUUGGAGGCAGUGGAAUUUUCCGCUUUGCUCGUGGUUAUGCUUUGGCCAAGACAGUUUGGUUUAAUCAGAUUGGAGAUGUUGUUGUGGAAUAUAACGUGUCUGUCGUGCAUUACUGAACAAUUACCAUGCUCCCAUGGAAUUCAAUUAUCUUUUAUUUAUUUUCUUGCUUUGGUCAUGAUUUCUACUCGCUUUAGGGUGUUUCUUCUAUUGACAAAA